GCUGCUCCCGAUUGCUCUGGCCAAUGGAACCCGAUCCACCCUGCUGUGCGUAAGAGCGCAAUUAAGGAUUUAACCAAGCCUAUGCUGCGCCCCAGCCAGCAGUCUGCCGGAGACAGACACCGCGCCGCAGCCUCCUCCCCCAGACAUGUCUGCUUAGACCCGAGCAGCCCCGCCGCCAGCCCCAGCGCGCCGCCAGCUCCGAGCUAUGACAGGAGUAUUUGACAGAAGGGUCCCCAACAUCAGAUCCGGCGACUUCCAAGCUCCUUUCCAGACGGCUGCAGCCAUGCACCACCCGUCCCAGGAAUCUCCCACUUUACCCGAGUCCUCCGCUACGGAUUCCGACUACUACAGCCCGGCGGGGGGAGCCCCGCACGGCUACUGCUCGCCUACCUCGGCUUCCUACGGCAAAGCGCUCAACCCCUACCAGUAUCAGUACCACGGCAUGAACGGAUCUGCCGGGAACUAUCCUGCCAAAGCCUAUGCAGACUACAGCUACGCCAGUCCCUACCACCAGUACAGCGGGGCUUACAACCGCGUCCAGAGCUCUGCCAGCCAGCCAGAGAAGGAGGUGGCGGAACCCGAGGUGCGGAUGGUGAACGGCAAACCAAAGAAAGUGCGCAAACCCCGGACUAUUUAUUCCAGCUUUCAGCUGGCAGCGUUGCAGAGGAGGUUUCAGAAGACCCAGUACCUCGCCCUGCCCGAGCGGGCCGAGCUGGCAGCCUCCCUGGGACUCACGCAAACACAGGUGAAAAUCUGGUUUCAGAAUAAAAGAUCCAAGAUCAAGAAGAUCAUGAAAAACGGGGAGAUGCCUCCGGAGCACAGCCCCAGCUCCAGCGACCCCAUGGCCUGCAACUCUCCACAGUCACCUGCGGUUUGGGAACCUCAGGGCUCGUCCCGCUCCCUCAGCCACCAUGCCCACGCACACGCUCACCCUCCAAACUCCAACCCGUCCCCUGCAUCCAGCUACCUGGAGAGCUCCACUUCCUGGUACCCCGCUGCCAACUCCAUCAACUCCCACCUCCAACCCCACGGCUCCCUACAGCACCCGUUAGCGCUGGCCUCUGGGACGAUUUAUUAGAGCCUGACCCUUAUUAUUUUAUUUUAUUUUAUUUUAUUUUUGUUGUUCCUUGGACUCCCGUGUUUUACUGUUAAGGAAUAAUAACGAAAGGAAUGCAUAUGGGGAAUUUUUAAAAGGGAAAAGAAACAAACAAAAAGAUUAAAAUGUGUAAAGCUUGUGCAUGUAACUUAUUGCAUUUCAAAGGAAACCCUUUUUUAUACAAUACGGACAUUUUUUGGCUCAGCUGUGGACACUGUCAUUGGUGCCUUGAAAUCUAUGACCUCAACUUUUCCAGAGACUUUUUUCAAUGUUAUUUUAACCCUGUAAAUAAUUGUAGAUAGAGGAAUUAAACUGUAUAUUCUGAAUAAAAUAAAAUUAUUUCGACCAAGAGAAA